AUGACCACUGAACAGACGUUGCAACAAAUUACACAGGCCAUCGAUGUGGCGAACUCUCCGACAUCAAAUACUGAAUUUAAAAGAGAAGCUGUAGAAUAUUUAAAUCAAGUCAAAAAUUUGCCAAAUUCAGCAGAAAUAUUUGCCGACUUAAUCGCCAAUGAUAAUUCAUUAUAUAAAUUUGUAGCGUUGCAGACAUUGUCGGAAAUAAUCCCCACUGCUGCUGCUAACAACUCUUUGGAAAUCCUAAACUUUAUUAAAACCAAUAUACUAGGAUAUUUAGGUAAAAAUAUCCAGGAUCCUGAAUUCAUCAGGAACAAAGUAGCAGAGCUAUUAUCUCUUUUAUUUUAUUUCAUGUACGGCGAGGUUAAUUCCAAUGCAUGGUCAACUUUUUUUGUAGAUUUAAUUCAAUCGUUUAACAUAUCUGAUGCUAUUAGUGGUAACAUAGUCUCUGGAAAGUUACAAAACUCUUUGGGCGUUGAUUAUUUUUUAAGAACGUCUUUACAAAUUAAUACUGAGAUAGCAGACCAAACUUUUGUUAGAAACAAAGAUAUUCAGUUGAAAAACAACCUAUUAAAGGACUCUAUGAGGGUAAACGAUGUUACCAUCCUUUCCACUCUUUGGUUUAAUAUACUAUCUAAAUGCAGUGUUAACUAUCAAGAUUUAACAUUUCUAACUUUAAAAUCAAUUGGCUCUUUUGUUUCUUGGAUAGAUAUUAACUUAAUUGUCACCAAUGACUUUAUUACAGCAAUAACUAGAUGCUUAGAUAAGGAAAGCACAAGCAUUCCAUGCGGGGACUGUUUGUGCGAAAUAAUCUCCAAAAAAAUGAAAGCACAGGAUAAAUUACACUUAUUGGCCAUGUUAGAUUUAACCAACAGAGUAGGAAAAUUUAAUAAUACAGAUGUUGAAGUCAUUGAAAAUUUGGCUAAAUUAGUUUCCGUCGUUGGCGUGGAAUACACCAUUAUUAUAGAUCAUGAUAAUAAUUUAAUAGAACAAGCUGAUUUACAAAUUACAACCAAGAUAUGCCCACUAGUUUUGGAAUUUUUGUCUCACGAGUACGAUAAUGUAAGCCAACAAUGCUUCCCCUUUGUUACUGCAUAUUUAUCAUUUUUGAAAAAGUUUUUUGCUUUAGGUGGUAAACCUGGUAGUGCGAUUUCAAUGAACUCGAAAAAGUUGGCUAUCGACCAAACUCAUUUGGAUUUUUUGGAGAAAUUAUUAACCAUUAUUAAUUUGAAAAUGAAAAUAGACUCUGCUUCUGAACCUGGCUCCAUCGAUGAAAUUGAAGAAUUCGAUGAAACCAUUAGAUCUAAAUUAAAGGUUUUUCAGGAUACUAUCGCUGUCAUCAAUCCCACUUUAUACAUGCAAUUCAUGACCAGAAUUAUAGAACAGCCUCCAGUGGAUAAUGAUUGGAGAACCAAGGAGUUGCAUAUUUUCCAAAUGCAUAACUUUGCCGAGAGUGUUAGAAAUAAUUUAUUUGGCAUUCCUAAAAACCUUAUUGGUGAAUCUGAACCUUAUAGAUUGAUGAAAAGAUUUGCCUCCAACAAUUUAUUGCAAGAUACCAGUGUAUUCCAGUUCAAUAAUCCAUGGAUUCAAAUCUCCUUUUUUGAGCUAAUUGUUAGGCACUAUAAUUUCAUUGAUGUUGAAAACGAAUUACCGUUGCUAAAUGUUUUUGUUAGCACUUUUGGUAUCUUUAGCAGUGCAGAAAGAGUUAGACUAAGAACCUGGUAUUUAUUUAGCCGAUUUGUGAAAUUAACCAAACCAAAAUUGGGUGCCUCUGAUUUGCUGGCUUUGUUGGAUAAAAUAUCCUCGCUGUUAAUCAUCAGUAUGCCGCAAGUCAACUCUCCUACGUUAAAUAUUAAUAAUGACAGUGCUAUAGAAUCCGAUACAACUUUUGACAAUCAAUUAUACUUGUUUGAGUCCGUCGGCAUUUUAAUUGCUGGUAACAAGAAACAAAAUUAUAACAUGUUAGAUGGCAUUAUGUCACCGUUAUUCCAUAACCUGGAACAUUGUAUUUCGGUACCUACUAAAACACAACAACUCGUAUUACAAACUAAUCAUGUUUUGAUGGCCAUUGGUAUUGUUGCAAGAGGUAUACAUUCAGGGAUUGUUCCUGAAAGUCAAUUGAACACUGUCGCUGUAAAUGAAAAGUUAGUGGAUAAAACGUUGAUCGAAAAAUUUAGCAAUAUCGCUGAAGUUGUCUUAGUUACUUUCCAGUAUUUUAAUAAAUAUGAAAUUGUAAGGGACUCAGCAAGAUUUGCAUUUGCAAGAUUGGUUCCUAUCUUAAACAGUAACAUUAUCCCGUAUAUUAGCAGAUUAUUAGCGAUAUUCUACGAAAGCGAUUUGAAAGUUUUAGAAAUGAAUGAUUUUUUGGGUUUUGUUGGACAAAUUAUCCAUAAUUUCCAAAACAAUAAUAACUGUUAUCAAUUAUUGAACAGUUUAGUUACCCCAUUGGUGAAAAAAGUUUUCCAAACAAUGAACAUUAUUGAUAAAGAACAGAUGGAACCAACCAACUUAUCCAGUGCUGCUAGUGGCAGAACUUCUAAUGGGAAAAAUGUCAUAGUCACAGAUGCAUUCAGGGAGAAGAUACUAUUGAAAAAAGCAUACUAUGGAUUUUUACAAGCUUUUAUCACUAACCAUGUUACCUCAUUAUUUCUAACAGAAAGCAACAGAGAGGUCUUUGCGUUGAUUUUGGAGGACCUUUUAACUUACGAGCCUCAAGAGCUUCAAGAAAUGUCAACCAUGAAAUUAUCCCUUAGUGUUUUGUUAAAAAUAUUGAGAUUUUUAGGGACUGGCGCUUGUACAGAUUUACAAGAUAAUAAUCGUAAUGAUUUAGUCAGGUUGGAUGGGCUAAGAGAAUUUUUUAUUGCUAAAAUUGUGCCGCUAUGUUUUGAGAUUCCAUUCAAGCCAGAAUAUGCAUUUAACAUAAAUGACGGUAGUUGCCGCGUGAUAGCAUCUGAUCUUGCAAGAUUGUUAAAAUCUUUGUAUACUAUAAACAAUUCUGCUAAUACUAUUGGCGCUAUUAAUAACGAAAAUGUAAAUAACAACGAUACAAAUGGUGCAGAUGGUAGCAGUAGUAUUUUAGGCACUAAUAAAUGCAUAGUAUAUCUAGUUGACGUAUAUUUUCCACAGAUUCAAUUCCCCAAUAACAUUUCAAUGGAGUUUAUCAACGCAUUGAUUAGUUUAGAUGAAAAGAAAUUUGAGAAAUAUUAUGUUAGUUUCAUUGUUCAAAUAGCAUCAUGA